AUGGAUUUGAUGUCGCUCCUAGUUUCGGUAGCACUUAGCCUCUCAGUCGUCGUCGCUAGUACUCAUGGGCCGAUCGUCGGCAUCUUUGCGCAUCCAAUUUCCCAGCAUGGCGAGUAUAUCGCGGCAUCAUACGUCAAGUGGGUGGAAAGCGCUGGAGGUCGCGUUGUCCCAAUCCCAUACAACGCCCCUAAGCCGUAUCUUGAGCAGCUAUUGCCACAACUCAACGGGUUGCUGUUUCCCGGUGGAUCUGCCACUGUUAAUGAUCGCGCAGAACAACUGUUCCGGUUGGCACUGGGGCUAAACGACAAAGGGGUGUACUUUCCUGUGUGGGGCACUUGUUUAGGCUUCGAAUGGCUUCUGCAGCUCACGACGAAAGACAUGAACUUGUUAAACGAAGGCCUUGAUUCUAUGAAUAUCUCUCUUCCAUUAAAUUUCACUAAAGCUGCGCCUGCUAGUCGACUAUUCAGUCAGGCUAGCCCUGAAAUGUACUCGUGGCUCCAUGACACGGCCAUUACAAUGAACAAUCACGAGCUUGGAAUCACACCUGAAAGGUUCAACCAGUACUUGUCUCUCACCAACUUUUACAAUGUGUUAGCCACCAACGUAGAUAGAAAGGGGGUUGAAUUUAUCUCGGCGAUCGAGGCGAAGAAGUACCCAAUCUAUGGUGUGCAGUUCCACCCGGAGAAGAACAGUUUCGAGUAUGGAGAGUUUGAAGACGGAACUCCAUUCGAGGACAUUGAUCAUUCGCUUAAAGGUGUUGGAAGCGGACAAUUUUUUGCCAACUUCUUCAUCAGUGAAGCGCGCAAAAACGAGCUCCGGUUCAAGAGCGCUAAGGCUGAGCGCAAGGCGCUGAUUUACAACUAUCAGACGUCCACCGUCACAUACCCGGGCUUUGUUGAAUCUUACAUCUUCAAACACGACUUUAAAAUGACCUUUUGGAGCACUGGGAUCUAA